GUUUUGAAGGUUGAAGACCGGACUUUCAAAAUGGCCGCUUUCUCUGAUGAUGAAAAAAACCGUGAAAAAACUGUAAACGUUAAUGCCAACUACAAAUAUAACCAUAGUAAUGUUCCUUUUUCUAAAUAUGAUUUAAUGAGUGACGAAGAACGUAAAAAUGACUUGGAAAAGGUUAAAACAGGAUUAAAACAAUACACCAUCUUUAGUAAAGAGGAGUGCCUAGAAAUUGAAAAAAACAUUAAUCGAGUUGUAUCUAAGGCUGAUAAAGGCUAUUAUAAAAAGCAUACUGUGGAUAGAGCACCAUUAAGAAAUAAAUAUUUUUUCGGAGAAGGUUAUACUUACGGUUCACAGUUAGAAAGAAAGGGUCCACGACAGGAGCGCCUCUUUGAGGAGGGUACUGUCGAUAAAAUUCCUGAUUGGAUUUACAAAUUGGUAAUUAAUCGCCUUGUUAAGAAAAAUAUCAUUAAGAAAAAUUUUGUAAAUAGUGCUGUUAUCAAUGACUAUUUGCCUGGAGGAUGCAUUGUUUCGCAUAUUGAUCCUCCGCAUAUAUUCGAGAGGCCUAUUGUCUCUGUUACAUUCUUUAGUGAUUCUGCUUUGUCUUUCGGUUGUAAAUUCGCCUUCAAACCUAUCCGAUGCUCCAAACCAUUAUACGUACUCAAGUUACAAAGAGGUCAGGUGACAACAAUGGAUGGGUAUGCUGCUGACGAGAUAACUCAUUGUAUUCGACCAACCGAUGUUAAGUCUCGGAGGGCCGUGAUAAUACUUAGAAAGGUGAGAGAAGAUGCUCCUCGAUUGCGUUCAAUUUCAAUUCACCGUCCUUCAACAAAAGCCGACCAUAGAAAGAGAAAUCGGAAAGAUGACCUAGAUGAUGAUAUUUCAGAUAGAAAGAAAAUGAAACUAUGCAAAUUUGGGGGUUUAUAUAGUGAUAAAAUGGAAAAUAAAGCUAAAUCGAUUGUAAUUACGGAUAAAGUAAUAGGUCAAUUAUUUGGCAAACGGAAACAUAUAGAGGCUGGUGACGCUCAUUUCACGUCUAAUCAAAAUGAGGUGGAUGAAUAA